GUCGAGACAAACGCGUUGACAGAGAGGCAAGGCAAGGCACGGACGCGUGUUCAGACCCACAUUUGCUUAUAUCCGUCACGUUACACUGGGAUUUGAAGAUAAUCCGUGGACAAUAUAAAGCUCCAGUAAGGGAGAAUACGCAGAGUGAUAUGCAGUAGGAUAACACACGAGUUGCCGCAGUGUAUAAGGCGAGUUGCUGUGGGGUUUGCUUUGCGACAAGCCGCCAUCUUUAAUUUUGGAACAUGUUCACGGCAAAGCUUCUGCCAACGUGGGAUACAGGAGGAUGGAGCUUUAAGAUGCUGGCCCUAUCAGUGUUUGGUGUAGUCCUCAUUUUCGAGUCAAUUUCCAUGACAGAUGGGGCAACUACUGCGGCGAAGUACCUCUACUAUGUUGGAGAUCAACGUAUUGCAAACUGGUCGAAUGCAGUCGCAAAAUGUACAGAGCAGGGUGGGCAGUUGACUGGGGACAUCGACAUUGACGACUGGGAGCUCCUCUACGGCAUGAGCAGCAUCUUCUUGGACGACAAGUACUUCUGGAUCGGUCUGAAGAGAGAACCAAAUAAGGACUGGAAAUGGCUUGGUGGCACUGCCCUGGAUUUGAACAUGACGGCUGCCUUCCCCCUUCGGCCUGAAUUCAAGGACAAUAUCACCUGGGACUGUGUACAGUGGAAUGUGAAGGAACCUUUCUACGUCCCCCAAGCUUGUGAUGUCCCUUCGCCUUUCAUCUGCUCACUUCCUUCAACUAAGUGUGACUUCAAAACGCACGAGAAGAAAAUGUUGAACGAAUCAACGUUGCCAACUGUAGUUACCGCAACCCCAUCCACAAGCCUUCCUUAUCUCUUGAUCUCAAACAAGACCCUGGACCAAUGCAAAGAGACGUGUGACACCUACGAAAGCAGCAACAAUGAGUGUUGGCUGUACCAGUACGACAGUAACUCCGGCGCUACCAGCUGCACGCUCGUCAUCAGUGAAGGCAAACCCGUCCUCAUCAACAUCCAAGGCGGCUCCAACGUCAACCUGUACACCAAGUACUGUGUCGAAGUUGAAAAGUUCACCGACUGCAAAGACGGAGAAGAAUGCAUCUGCGGGAAUGUAACGUCGAACCCGACGCCAGAGCAACUGGAGGAGAUCUUGGAGGAGACAAAGGAGAAACUGACCGUUCCCACAAAAAAUCUCUCAGCAACCAUCCGGAAGAAGACCAGUGCGGCAGACGAUCGACCAUCCUCCCAAACCAUGGGGUAUUUUGGCAUAACUAUGAUCACGGUCACCCUUGGAGGGCUAGUGCUGUUGGACUGUACCUCAAUGCUACGUGAUUUGAAAAUUAUGAUGUACAAUCUACAAUGCGCCACAGGUGGUGGAAAGGAUUUACCUCCCCCAACUACUCUUCAAGUUAAUCUUCAAGGAGGUCCAAAACAGAGCUAUGCGUGAAUGGCACACUAAAUGUACUGUAUGACCAAUGUAGGUGGAGACUGCGUGCAACUUCCUCCUUGGUUUUCUUCGAAUUCUUUUAUAAUUUGAUUUGAAUUUGGAAUAUAUUUAAUUGAUGGUAAUAUAAACUGUUGGAAAAUAAGAAAAAUGACGUUAUUAUAAACUGCUUUCCAUUUUAAUGGUACUCGUUAUCACUGUAGAUAGGAAUUGACGAAGACGCAACAUCUCAUUCUAGAUCUCAGUCUCAACCUUUUUCGGAAUUGCUGUUUUAUUUCUUUGACAAAUAUAUAUGAAGUGUGCAGGGUUUAAAUUAUCUUAUAUGCAGGAUGUGAUAUAAACAUUGAUAGUUGAUAAGCAUAUCCAUGUAUUUUGUUACUGCUGUUUUGAGAUGUGUAUAUAGAAAGCUAAGGCAAUCAAGGCCUACAUUUUUCCAAUUGAUUAUGCGGAAAGAUGGAUUUACGGGUUGUACAUAGUAAUGUUAAAGCUUUGCGAACAAAUCAGUAUGUGCACUUGCGCGGGCAUUGAAUAUCAAAUACGCUGUUUGGUGGUUUGUGGAUUCGAACUGGUAUAAAGCUAGCCCAGUAGGUUACCCAUGCACGAAAUAUAUUCAUUUACAUUUGCUGCUACAAAAUGUCAUCUGCAAACAGUAGAUCAUAAAUAUAUACCCCUAUGAUCUUAAGCGACGUAUGUUGAUGUGCAGAGUUUCUUCCCUUGCCCGUUCUAGGCUCUGCUGCUCGUAUUUUGAAUCCUAGAAAAGCCCCAAGAGAUCCGCUAGAGCUACAACCGUACAAUUUCUUUCAAUAUAGUACAGAACGUCAUUGCCAAAGAACAUCCUCAGAAACAAAUUCCAUUUGGAAAACAGAGCUGUGAAAAGUAUACUCAUGCCAAUAAUGGUU